GGGAGGGGACACGGGGACGUUAACCGCGUCCACAAAUGGCUCCGCGCCGCGUGACGCGGACGCCGCGGCCAGAACGGGCGGGGGCAGGAAAGGGAGCUGCCUUCGGGUGUAGAAGCUGCCUGUUCCCGAAGGGGGAAAAGUGAUGACCAUUCAGAAGCAGGACUGAGAACUGGAUUCUUGGUCCAUGGGCUUCUGGUCACACUACGAGGUGGGAGUCCUACCCUGGUGUCCUGUUCGGAAGGAUCCUGACGUCAGAAGCUUUUCAGACUCAGACUCGCGAUGGUGUGGAAUUCCAGGGCGGUGCGUUUUUGAAGAAACAAAAUUACAGCUUCAGCAGCCGCAUGGCCCACGUGUUCGUGUACGGGACCCUGAAGACAGGCCAGCCCAACCACAAGGUCCUGCUGGACGGCGCCCACGGCCGCGCUGCCCUCCGAGGCCGGGGCCGCACGGUGCAGCCGUACCCGCUGGUGAUCGCGGGGGAGCACAACAUCCCUCGGCUGCUGAACCUGCCGGGGCGGGGGAACCGCGUGGCCGGGGAAAUCUACGCGGUGGACGAGCAGAUGCUGCACUUCCUGGACGAGUUCGAAGGCUGCCCAGACAUGUACCAGCGCACCCUGGUGACGAUCGCUGUGGAGGGGGCCGGCGGGACCCUGCAGUGCUUCGUGUACAGCACGGCCACCUACCCGCCCGAGUGGGUCCACCUCCCCUACCACGACGAUUACGACUCGCAGGGGGAGCACGGGCUUCGCUAUAACCCGCGGGAAAACAGAUGAGGGGGCGGUGGGAGGCAGCAGCAGGACAGAGAGCCCGAUGGUUAGAGGGUGACCUCAGCCGUCAGCGCUCGCCGAGUGCAAAAGCCUGAUAACGCUCCUUGAAACAAAAAAAUUGUAAAACUUAAUCUGUUGGGGGAGAAAAUCUUUUUCAGUGGCAGCUGAUUUCCCAAAUAAUUUUCCCACGCUGAUAACAAGAUUGUUUCCUGAAAUCUCUCUCACUGUCACUGCUUUAUUGCUUGCUGCUUCAAGAGCACCCUGGGCUUGAAUGCACUGGAUGAGGAAAACUUAGGAUUUUAAUUCCCCUAAAUGACAUUUCAAAAACUUGUAUGUUAUCAUGGUUUUCUUAUUGUGUGGUUUUGUUUUUUGUUUUUGUUUUUUUCCUUUGCUUUAAUCUGAAGAUAACAUUUAAAACUGAACGUACAGACUUUAUAUUGCAGCUAGAUUUUAGCAGCCCUGCUGUACUGAUUCUGACCUGAGCACUGAGGGGAAAAACAAUUUUAAAGCUGAUUUUGGACAUCUCAGUGUAAUAAAAGAACCUCAAGAAAAACAUGCAGUAUUUCAGAGUAGUUUUGAAUAUACAUAACAUCAUGUUUCAUAAUUCUCAGAUCAAGCUUACAGAGAUUAUCAAAGAUAAUCAUUUAAAAUUAAACUAGAUGUUUUGGGAAUCAAACAUAAAAGAACUGGUGCUAUUGUUGGACAUCUUUUUGAGUCUGCUUACUUGGUUGGAGGUUCUUUUCCUUUUAAUCUAGCAAAAUAACGAGCACCCACUUGCUGGCAGAGCAGCCAAACGGCCUGAUUUCAGACGGAAGCGCACGUGAGACCACAGCAAGGUACCACCCUCCCUCCCCCUCCCCCACCCCCCCAAGGGAGCGGUGUUUGGGGGUGGGCCUUUCAGAGAAAAACCAACACAUUAGUAAUUUGUUCUUCAGGCCUGACAGAAAGCUUAGCUUCCAAA